AUGAAGACUCUGCUGUUUUUCAUAUACAUCUUGGGAACUGCAGUUGCAAUUCCGACAAAUGCAAGGUUUCUAUCUGAUCAUUCCAAACCAACUGAAACAUCAUUAAUACAAGACAAUACUACAAUUCCCAGUGCAAAGGUUGAAGCUGAAGAAAAUGAAAAGGAAGCUGCAGUAUCCAGAGAAAACCUUUCCAACCAUAAGGAUGAAAAAUCUUCAAUAUUAAAGUCAGAAGAGGAAAAUCAAGAACAGUCAGCAGAACAGGAUAAAGCUUACAGCCAAGAGCUAGGACUGAAGGAUGAGGAGGAUAGCGAUGGUGACUUAAGUGUGAAUUUGGAGUAUUCACCAACUGAUGGUAGCUUGGAUCUAAGAGAAGAUAUAAGUGGGCCUCAAGAGAAAAAACUCCCUGAGAGCACUGAUUUUCCUCCUCCUGAUUCUGUGGAUUCUAACCAACAAGAAAACAUCACAGAGGAAGAGGAAAACCAAGAACAACCCACAAAUUAUCCACAUCAUCAUUUGAACAAGAAUGAUACACACAGCCAAAACCUAAGGGAUCAGAGAAAGCAAGAGCAGGAUCCUAAUACUCCCAAUGAAGAUGAGGAAGAGGGAAAAGAGCCAGGGGAAAUUGGUAGCCCCAGUGAUAACCAAGAAUGGGAGAAAGAAUUUCCUAAAGAGAAUUUUAACAGUAAGCAAGAAGAAGACAGUAAGAAAUCUGAUGAUAUUUUGGAAGAGUCCAAUCAACCAACUCAAAUAAGCAAAAUGCAGGAUGAACUUGAGCAGAAUAACCAAGAACAAGAAGAGGAUAAUUCCAAUGCAGAAGCAGAAGAGGACAAUGUAUCAAACAUAAAUAAGCACAUUCAAGAUACUGAAUGGCAGAGCCAAGAAGGAAAAAUGGGCCCUGAAGCUACUGGCAAGCACGAGGACAUGGAUAAAAAGACUGUUUCUGAGGCUUUGCUCAUGGAACCUACUGAUGAUAGAAACAUCAUGCCCAGAAAUCAUGGGGCUGAUGAUGCCAGUCAUGAUGGACCCAGGCAAAGUGCAACUGAUGUCGAUUUCACCCCAAGCCAGGACUUUCUAGAGGCUGAAAGAGCUCAAUCCAUUUCCUACCAUCUCAAAUAUGAGGAGCAAAAAGAAAGAACACACAAGAAUGAACAUGAAGAUACCAGUGAGCACGGAGACUACCAAGGGGCCAAGAAAGCAGGCAGCUCAUCAAACGAAGAUGACACUUCAACUGAAGGCAAUGUGGGGGUGCACAGUGUGGAUCCUUGUGUGAACUUCCAGUGUAAGAGAGGACACAUCUGUAAAGCAGACCAACAGGGAAAACCCCACUGCGUUUGCCAAGAUCCAGUGACUUGUCCUCCAGCAAAACCCCUUGACCAAGCUUGUGGCACUGACAACCAGACCUAUGCAAGUUCCUGUCAUCUGUUUGCUACAAAGUGCAGACUGGAGGGAACCAAAAAGGGACAUCAACUGCAGCUGGAUUAUUUUGGAGCCUGCAAAUCUAUUCCUGCUUGUACAGACUUUGAAGUGGCUCAGUUUCCUCUACGGAUGAGAGACUGGCUCAAGAAUAUCCUCAUGCAGCUUUAUGAACCUAACCCUAAACAUGCUGGAUAUCUAAAUGAGAAACAGAGAAGUAAAGUCCAGAAAAUUUACCUGGAUGAAAAGAGACUUUUGGCUGGGGACCAUCCCAUUGACCUUCUCUUAAGGGACUUUAAGAAAAACUACCACAUGUAUGUUUAUCCUGUGCAUUGGCAGUUUAAUGAACUUGACCAACAUCCUACAGACAGAGUCUUGACACAUUCCGAGCUUGCUCCUCUACGAGCAUCUCUGGUGCCCAUGGAGCACUGCAUAACCCGCUUCUUUGAGGAGUGUGACCCCAACAAGGAUAAGCACAUCACCUUGAAGGAGUGGGGCCACUGCUUUGGAAUUAAAGAAGAAGACAUAGAUGAAAACCUCCUGUUUUGAAUUAAGAUUUGAAG